GAUAGGGAGGGAUGUAGGGGCUGGAGGGGGUUACAGAGAUAGGGAGGGAUGUUGGGACUGGAGGCGGGUACAGAGGUGGGAAAUGGGUUUAAACAGGAGACAGACAGUUUUGUUUGACAAGUUCCAGUUGAAUAGAUGUCUGCUGAAAAAGUCAAGACUGAAGGCAACAAAGGCGCAGCUUGGGAAACUGCGAGAGAAGACAGCAGACGCGUCUGCAAGUAAAACCUGGGUCCUUGACGUCCAGAGGUGCAGUGCGACAAGAGUUGGCAUUCAGGAUGCCACAGAACACGCAAGGUACCAAAGGGCGCAGAAGAUGAUCUCAAAAGUACACAGCCUCCCAAUCCUGUUCCCUGGCUCCUCCACACAUGCAGGAAUGACAGACAAUGUCAUUGAGAAUUGGGAAUCAAGGACAUCUCCAGAUGACACAAGGUUGGGACAUAUCCGCUUCUGCAAUAGAGGUGGCUGUGGUAGGUGUACCUCACCUUUAAGAGAGGUCACCUUUAAGAACUCCACAUGUUGGGUGAUUUUUGGGACUGUGGUUAAAAAAGUUAGGAAAAUAGGCAGUGUUUUAAACCAUGGAAACGAUGCGUUACAACAUUUGCAGUUUCAAAAAACAAGUUACUUGAAUCAACAGUGUUGCCUGAUUGGAGUAAGGAGAGGGAGCAUGGUAGACACAUUGGCACCAUCCACGUGUGGGCCCAAGGUGAUUCUGCCCAGAAGCAGUCUUUUGUUUGGCUUUUGAACUGGCGACAGUAGUUGUGGGCUCAGGGGAGCGGAGUGUAGUAACAUCCUUUCAACUGUACCCUGGGCAGGUGGCCCCACACUGGCAUGUGGGCAAAAACAC